UGGGUGUCUUCAUGAUCGGACCCAGGACAGGAUAAGAAGAAAGAAAAUUAUAGCCUGCCAGUAACGCAUCGGAUUUUUUUUUUGUAUUAUUAUUAUUAUUAUUAUUAUUAUUAUUAUUGCUUCACCGACCUUUCCUUUCUUUCUUCUUUCCUCGGUUGAUUUCGCCUCUUUGUCUUUCGGUUGUGAUUUUGUUUUGUUUUAUUUAUUGUUCCGUUUCGCUGCUGUUGCAGAGGAGCGCCACCAUCCUUCACUGCCUGACAUGAGUACGCUCUUUUAUCCGGUUGCAGCGGAAUGACACACAUAUCCUAGCCCGCAUAUCUGAAGGUUAAUGGAAAAUUGACGCUCCAUUUGCACGUUUUUUUAGUAGCCUAGAAGAUACUCCAUCUGCAGAGGUUUCGGAUUUUUUCCCCCCACUCUGAACCGAUCAUCCGCCGCUUUCUGUCCCUGCGCAGCAUCUCUCUGUACGCACGGCGCACCACGGAGAAACGCGCAGCUAACCUCCCCCGUCCGUAAGAAACAGGCGUAUUUUCCAAUUCCUAAAUCGCUUUCGCCUUCUCCAAGGACUCAUCUGCACGGCUACGCUGCGUAAAAAAAACGGAAAAGGGGGGAUUUAAACGCAAACGCAACCCAAGCAUCCAAGAGCAAGCUCGAAAAUGAUGGCCGGCGGAGCAGUACAGCAAAACGGGAUUUUCUCAAAUCCUCACCAUCACAAUCAACAACCACACAUGGAGUCCGAUCCCCCGGACUCGCGUAAAAGACCCCUGGAGACUCCCACGGAGGCCAGCAGCACCAAACGCACAAACACGGGAGUGGCCUUCCUGCAGCCCCUAUUUGAAACUGAAGGCAUUGUAUUCCCUCACCAAGAAACUGAGACUCAUGAGGAAGGCGAGUACUUCCUGAAGGUUUUGAUUCCCAGCUAUGCGGCGGGGUCGAUCAUCGGGAAGGGAGGCCAGACCAUCGUCCAGCUGCAAAAAGAGACUGGAGCCACCAUCAAACUGUCCAAAUCCAAAGACUUCUACCCCGGCACGACAGAGCGGGUGUGUCUGAUCCAGGGGACGGUGGAGGCGCUGAACGGCGUCCAUGACUUCAUCGCCGAGAAGGUGAGGGAGAUGCCUCAGAGCACCCAGAAGACAGAGCCGGUCAGCAUCCUGCAGCCGCAGACCACCGUCAACCCAGACCGUGUCAAACAGGCCAAGCUGAUUGUCCCCAACAGCACGGCGGGGUUGAUCAUUGGUAAAGGUGGAGCUACAGUCAAGGCGGUGAUGGAACAGUCUGGGGCGUGGGUCCAGUUAUCCCAAAAGCCAGAGGGCAUCAACCUGCAAGAGCGCGUGGUCACCAUCAGCGGGGAGCCCGAGCAGAACCGCAAAGCUGUGGAGAUCAUCGUCCAGAAGAUCCAGGAGGACCCACAGAGCUCCUCCUGCCUCAACAUCUCCUACUCCAACAUCACAGGGCCCGUCGCCAACUCCAACCCCACCGGCUCCCCAUACGCCAACUCGACCGAAGUCAUGCCGGCUGCGGCAGCCGCCGCGGCAGCCACGGCUUCAUCUCUGCUCGGCCAGGCUGGCCUGGCAGGGGUCGGGGCCUUCCCGACCACCAUGUCCAGCCUCUCAGGCAAUGACCUGCUGGCCAUCACCUCUGCCCUCAACACUCUGGCCAGCUACGGCUACAACACCAACUCCCUGGGCCUGGGGCUGAACCCCGCUGCAGCCUCAGGGGUGUUAGCCGCCGUAGCAGCUAAUGCUAAUCCAGCAGCUGCCGCCGCAGCUAAUUUAUUAGCAUCCUACGCCAGCGAUGCAUCCACCAGCGCAGCUCACCCAGCAGCCGGUCUUGGAGGGUUCUCCCUGGGAUCCCUGGCUGCCGCCACAGGGGCCACCAAUGGCUACUUAAGCGCUGCAUCACCACUGGUGGCAUCAUCUCUACUGGCCACGGAGAAGCUAGCAGAAGGAGCAAAGGAAGUGGUCGAGAUCGCUGUGCCAGAAAACCUGGUGGGAGCCAUCUUGGGGAAAGGAGGGAAGACGCUAGUGGAGUACCAGGAGCUGACCGGUGCCAGGAUCCAGAUCUCCAAGAAAGGCGAGUUCAUCCCCGGAACUCGGAAUAGGAAGGUGACCAUCACGGGUUCCCAGGCCGCCACACAGGCUGCACAGUACCUGAUCAGCCAGCGAAUCACCUACGAGCAGGGGGUACGCGCCACCAACCCACAGAAGGUGGGCUAAACCUGACAGCCAAUAAGAAACGAGGAGGAAAAGAGGAAAAAAAAGAGUGGGGGCUUGGGGGAGGAGUAUAAAAAAAGUGAGAGUGAGAAUGGAAAAAGGAGAGGAGAGCAAGAAUGUUGGAAGGAAUCGUCCGCGCCGUUUUCUUCUGCGUGUUUUCAGUAUUCUCUAUUAAAAAAAAGUUUUUGACGCGAAGCGAAAAUGUGCUGAGAAGACGAGGAGGGAGAAGGAGCGAGUUAUCACGCUGAAAAACCAAGAAAAAAAUGUGUAAAAUGUAAAUAAGGUUUUAUUACUUAACGUCUUGACCUUUCGGGAUUUUUUAUUGUUUUGUUUUAUUGUUUUUUGUUUUGUUUUGUUUAGUAAAUUAAGCUGUCUGUUUGUUCGUUUGUGUAUUAUGUGGACAAAGCUGAAUGCCAUGUAGACAGGCCGACUGCCUGAGAGGCUACAGGAAGUGGGGGGAUGGAGGGAAGGGCAGGGGCACGGAGAGGAGGAGGGUUGGCAUUUACAGGGUACAACCCUUCACCCCCCCACCCCCCCAUCCCAAAAUCCCCUAUGGAAACAACCCUUACCCUUCCCUCCCUCUUCAGCCCACACCCGUCACCCUCCCGUAGGGUUUUUGUUUUUCUUCUAGUUAUGAUUUGCCCCUAUGCCCCCCCUGCCCCCAAAGCCCCUCUCACUACUUGUCCCCUGCCCUGCCCCACCCUCCACCCCCCCCUUUACAGGGGUUUUAUAAUGAGCAAGACUGCAAACUUCAGACUGGUGUAUGAGGGAAGAAACAUCCUUGUCUCCCCCCCGAAACUUCUCAUUCACUCCCCCUCUCUAACCCUGCUAUGAUCUCACCUCCCUCCUCCUCCUCACCCCUUUCUGGGAUUUGAAGGAAGGGUAGGGUGAAACAGGGGGAGGGGUGUGGGAUGGGGGGAAUCAGCUGGGCGUUUCUUCAUUUGCACACCCGCCCUGUACACCCUGUGAUGUAUCCCACAAGCAGUGCAGCGCCGCGGGGGUGUUACGACACGUAACACACCCCCCCCCCCCCCCCCCCAAACCCCAACCCCCUCCAUACGCGGCUCUAGUGUUUGAGAUAGAAUGCCGAGGCGCACGCUGAUGACCUCACGUAGUGCGAAACCUAGAAACGACGAGAGUGAUACUGUGCAAGCUGCGGCAAACACACAGGAUCUAUGGCAUUUUUUGCAGUCUGCUGUGACCAUUCUAUUAAUGAUAUUGUCAUGAUUAUUACAAUAGGAAUCAUCACCAUCGUCAUUAUUUAUUAAUGAGUUCACCCAUAUAAAGCUCAGUUGUUUCUUUUUUUUUUUUUUUAAUCUGUGAAUUCAGGUUGACAUGAAUGUAAAUGAGACUAUUUUUGAUUUGAAUCUUUUUAUUUUAAUUUAAAUGGUUUAAAGAUGAAUAGUAAUGUCACAUAGUGUAAUAUAUGUCUUAUUUAAGUCCAGUAAGAAAGCCGCCCCAGGCAUUAAGAUCAUUACAGUGAAGGAUCACUUUAUAUAUCCAGUCAAAGAGCAGAACAGGGAACACACACACGCACACACACUGAAACAAAACACUAUGAUGCCAUAUUUGGUGCUAGAAAAGGGAAUUCACCAUAUCUAUGAUGCAGACUGCAGUGAGACCUCUAGAUUAGCAGGAAGAUAUCUGUAAACCACUCACACCACAGGCUGCAGUGCAGCGUUUUAGCAGCUAUCUUAACCUUGAAAUGCCUGGUCGUCAUGCUCGGCUAUCCUAGCUCCAAAAUAUCCCCGCUCUCUUACAUCUGUAGUAAAAUGCCAGUCACAGUUCGCCUACAAUGUAAAAUUGUAACUGAAAUAAAUAAUUGAGUUUGACCUGAGACUAAUUCUCAGAAGAACUACUGCUGCUGCUCAGCCUGUGGUCUUCCAAACCCUUUAGAUGAACCCGAACCACAGACUUAGAUCAAGCAAGAGCACUUAAGACUCACAACGUACUACUGAGAAAUGCAAACACGGAGUAAGAGGAAACACUGAAACAUGACGAGGGAAACGUCGUCCGUCUGGGGUCCGCUGCCGGAUCUGCGAGCCUCGCUUGUGAGGCAGCGUGGAGGAUAUCAGUAAAAGAGAUAAAUAGCCUCACUGAUCUUUUGCCCUUAUCAAGCAACCGUUCGACUGCCGGUGAGGUAAAGGGCGGAGAGAGAUUUUCAACAUAUGUCCAGCGAGCUCGUUGAGCUUGUUUCUGCCUCUGGCAAACUGCAGGUCUCCCAUGGCAACAGGUUUUCUGCCCACUUUAGACCCAGGAGGCUGCUGAAGAUGCUGUUGUUUCUUUUGUUGUUAAUUUUUUUGUUUGUGUUGUGUUAUUUUUUUCUUUUUUUUUUCUUUUUACAAAUCGGAGUACACUGAAUUUUUUGUCUUAAUGCACUGUGAAGCGAGGGAGCGGUUCUCUCGGCCUAUGAGGUCAGGGAUGUGUGCUGUAGAUGGCAUUGUGAUUGGAUGGUUUUUUGUAUAGCAGGGAAAAAAAAAAUACACAUAUAUGAAAUAUAUGUAGAAUGCAUAUGAAGAACUUCACCAGAAAUGCACGUCAUAUCUGAAUACUGAAGGAGGAGAAAGAGACUAGGUCGAUGAAGAGGAUCAAUCAAUUGAGGUCAAGAGUUGAGAUCUAUUAGACUCUACUUAGCUGUUGUCUUGGAGGAGUGUUUUGUAAUUAGAGGGCGGGAUGCUGGGGGAGUGUUAGGUGUCCAGUAGCAGAUUAAAGAGACUGGAACAAAUUCUAAAUUCACUUUUCUAUUGCAGCUGUGUCUUUUCCAUAAACAGUUGAAAUUGAUACUGCAUAUCCAAUGAGCAAAUCCCUGGACAGAUAUUUAAGUCCAACAGAAGUUGAAGUGUGACGGAAUGUAAAAUGCCAAAAACAAGGAGGGGGUGCAUUUGAUUUAUUGACCUAAACAGCCUGGUGAGGGGAGGGAACACCUGAUUCUUUUUUUAAACCAAUCCGACUCAAAAAUCCUCCACUGCGCUAUCGAAUGUGUCUCUCUGUUGGAGCGCCAGUGAGGGUUUAUCUCCACAGCUUGGUAAGGAGGCUUCUUUACUCCCAUCUAACACCAUCCACACUCUCCUCACCCUCCCUCACACCCGUCCUCAGUCCUCCAGUGCACUCCCAUCCUGACACCCCCUUCUCCUCCUACCACAUCGCUCCAUGGGUGACUAUGUCUGGUGUUACGAUCAAUGCAUGUCUGCUGCUUGCCCUGACAAACACCACAGAUCGAGUCUCUCUUCUCUUUGCCUCCUUGGGGCAGCUGAGGCUUGGAGACGCCCUGAUGCACCAACAUCAGAAAACAAAACACACCUGCAGAGGAAGUCAUAGUUGAGGCUGGCAGGGCACAGUGCACAAACACUCUUAUGUGUAGUUUGGAUCAGUGCGUUUUUGUUUUGUGACAGUGAAGAGAAACAUUUUUAAUUUGGAAAACCUUGCUGCACAAACUUAAAACAUACACAUAUCGCGAGGGAAUAUUUGUCAUCGAUGGGGUUUGACUUGAUUUUGGUUUGAUAUUUUGUGGCAAAAACCUCAUGAAGACCAUAUGAAGGUGGUGUGCUUUUGUUCCACUGUAGGACUGUACUGUGCUGCAUGCAUUUAGUGAGUGAUCUUCCAUUUAGUUUAGUGCAUGUUAUGUCAGGUCUGGGCUUGAUUUUCCAUUUAUCAAGCAAAAAUGGCAAAGACUUGCUGAUCACAGCUUUUAAGGAUUUGCUGUUUUUAUCUGUUUCACAUAAUUGUAAACUGAAUAUGUUUGGGCUUCGGACUGUUGGUCACACAAAACAAGCUAUUUUUAGACUGUUCUGAGAACUCAUGACGUGCAUUAUUCACUUCUUUUUUUUUUAAACAAUUAUUCAGUCAAUCAAGAUUAAGAAAACUGAAUUGAAAGAUAAUUGCAGCCUUAGUUGUGUAGCGAUGUCUGUGAUGCUGAUUCUGAAGCAUAACCAAAGUAGGUUUCGUCUAUUGUCCAAGUUUUACUGCUGACUUACUCUGGAUGGAGCACAGUGCAUUUACAGUGGAAAAACUGCACUGCAGUUCCUGAUAUAGGUGCCAGUUGAUUUAAUUAGUACAGGACAGAUUUAUUUUUCAUCUCAUUAUUUAAACCUUUGAAAGAUUUUAUUUUUUUUUUGUCUUUUACACAGCGGCCAAUCUCUUUAGUUUUUAAAGUUAGGUGAUGGAGAUAAAAAUGUGAUGAUUACUGGAAGCAAUACACGUAGUGGCAUGUUGUCUUGUCCUGUCCUUUAUCCUAUGUCUGCCGUAGGAGCUUUUGGAUUUACCUGUAGAUACUGAAUAGGUUUACACAAGUAAAACAUUUUUUAAUUUGUGGAAUAUGCUGCUAUUUAAUAAUAACUGAUGUACUAAAAAUACAAGGUUAAAACAUAUCGAAAUCUGUCCUUUUAGCUGGAGAGGCUAGUCUCAAGUGGCAGUGUAAUACACGCUCUGUUAUAAGCUGAUGAUAAGUUAAUAAUAGUGUAAUUCUAACCUGAAGUUAAACCUGUGCCAAAAUAGGUCUUUACAGCGUGAAGCUGUAAAUGUGUUGAUUUAAAUCACAUUAGAUAAGAGGAGACAUACUUUUAUAUUAAGAAAAUGUGAAAAGUGCCAAAUGAACCAUAUUUAUAAUUUACAUAGGAAGGGAGUCGUCCCAGUGACACUUUUUAAGAACUAGGUAGACUAACAGACAAAGUAUAGCAGUUUGUUUAAGCCCUCUCUGUUCCUGCCACAAGAGGAGGGAACCACCGUGUUAGCCAAGUGUUAGCCAGUCCUCUGGGAGCAACCCCUCCCAGAAUGCAACAGCACUAUGUCUCUGGGGCUAGACGAAUCAAUAUAGCGAUAGGUUAGCAUAAUGAUGCUAAAAAGAUGUGACUAGAUAGCAUUCUUAAAUACAGCCUUUUAUAGUUACAAUGAAAAUGUAUUUUGUGGAAAUAGAUGUUAUCUUUUUUGCACGUCUAUAUUGCAUGAUAUCAAAGUGAAGCGCGGACAAAAAAAAAAGGAAAAAAAAUUAAUGAAACAAAAAAGAAGUGACAAAAAAAAAAAUUAGGCAGUGUGUGUCGUUCAUUUUACGGAGACGAAUCUUUGCAUGCAGAUAAGGGUAGAGCAUUUUGAUAUUGUUUUACACGCGUUCAAAUGUUAGUUGUUUUUUCGAGGCGAUCACGCUGAGUCCUGGUCCACGGGCCGCAGCUGAACAAAAUGUUUGAUUUCAAUGUUACAACACAAUGGAUAUUUUGUCGUUUCGUUGUCUAACCUUCCUCAGAGGAAAAUGAACAAAACUCUCGAACAAACCUAAGACUAUUUUGCUACUUGCUGAGCGAGCUUGUGAUAAAAUCUUUCUCAGUCGCUACCCAAUUUCAGAAAGAAAAAAUAAAAUAAAAUCAGGAUUUAAUUUGAAAUAAAGACUGAGAUUGUCCAUGAAUGUACUCACCUCUGCAUAAGUUUGCAUAUCACUCCUCUGACCAUUGACGUGCAGUAGAGGCUUAUGUGUGUUUUUCGUGUGUUUUUGUACUCUAACACUACUAACCCCCAACGCGCUGUGUCGAGCUCUCAGUAUUACUCUGUUGUCUGUCCUUUUACCCCCCCCCCCCCCACCCUCUGAGCUCUGGCUUGUCUUGUCAUUGAUAUGCACCUUACUGACCUCAAAUAUGACAUGGAGAGAUUCAUAAAGGGAGACAGUGUGUGAGAAAGAGAGGUGACAACGCCCCUCCCUCACCUACAAAUCUCAGAAAAACAAACACACACACACACACACACACACACACACACACACACACAUGCACAGUCUGUCUGCUGCACUCUCAGUCUCCCUCGGGUGCCUCGAAUUUGGGACAGCUUGUGUUUUCACUCCCUUAAUAUGCAAUCCAAGGCUCUGAUAUUGGGGAGAGAAACAACACUGAACAUCGCCAGUGUGUUUUCAAAGAGGUAACGUCUCGAUCCCGCCCCCACCCCCCCACCCCCCCACCCCCCCACCCCUCUCUCUCUGUCUCUGUUUUUCCAGUUUAGUUCAAUUAGAUACUUUAUUGGCUUCAGUGUCAAAAAAAAAAAAGAAAAAGAAAGAAAAAAAUUGCCAAAGUCCACCCACCACUCUCCCUCUCUCAUUCUUUAUUAUGCAACCAAAACCCAGAUGAUUUUUUUUGGUGUGGUCAUGUUUUGUAUCCUGACACAUGUUGUCACGGGAAAUGGCCAUGGCUUCCCGCAAAAGUUCCUACAAAAACUUUCCAUUAUUGCUCUUAGCGACAUGUUUGCACUAAAGCCUCUGCUGUUACUGUGCAUGGCAGGCCGAGCUGAGGUGGGGGUCAGUGUGCGAGACUACUGUAGAUGUUGCAGCCUUAUUGUAGGUGUUUAUUCAGCAGUGUAUUUCGAUGUGCAUGCUCCUCUCUCUCCCUCUCUCUGAGUUCGUCUGCUUUAGGCCAGCUCCGUGCUCGUGGUGUCUGUGUUGCAACGUAGCUGGCUAGUCAUGUUGUUUUCUCUUUUUCUUUUUUUUUUCUUUUUUUUUUUCUUUUAUUUUAUUGUGAUGCGUAGAGGAAUGCAAACUUAACUCUCACCUGUUCGCCAGGUGACCUCAUUGCUUCUCAGUGGGUGUGUGGCUCUUCGACAUAAGUCCUCAGAUCUUGUUUUCUGCCUCUCCCCUCCACCGCCCCACCCACCUCCACAAGCUCAAACCCACUCUCACCCACACCCACCACCACUGCCCCUCCCACCUCUUCAGACAUAUUAUGGGACCCCGCUCUCACCCUUUCCCACACCCCCCUUCCUCCCCCAACUCGGGCCCCAUCGAAGCACCAGCAACUGUAGACUGCAUUUGUCAUAUCACUGUUUUUCUGUUCCUUCUUCUCGUUCUCUGUUGAAUUUUUUUUUUCCUGGUUUUGAUUUGUACUGUAUGCUCUGUCUAACCUAGACCAGUUUUAACAAAAUGCCAUUUCUGUGUGUAGCCUGUUUACCCCUCCCACACACACACACACACACACACACACACACACAUACUCUCUCUCUCUUCCAUGCCCUCUUUUUUGCACUUUCACUGCCCACUUCUCCUCCUCGCCCAAACAUUCACACACUUUCCUCCUCCGCCUCCCACGAGUCUCUUCUCUCGAGUGCCAAAAUAGAACAGAGAGGAAAAAAAAAAAAAAACAAACAAAAAAAAAAAAAAAAAGACAACAACAACAACAACAACUACCAUUCCAAGCGUUUCUUUGAGUUGUUCUUGUGUGUCGGACAUCCAUCCUGGAAGCACCCAUGAAGCCAGCAUGCUCCGCCCUCAUAACAUGAUGUCGCUCAUGACGCCUCAACUGAACAGCACCUUGCCCCCCACCACCACCACCUCCUCCUCCUCCUCCUCCUCACCACCCCCCACAGAGCUAAACCCGACAAGGAUUAACCCCUCUGCAGGUUGGCUACCUACCUACUGUCCUGCCUCUCAACCUACCUAAAAAAGCCCUACCGCUCAUGCCAGCUGCUUUCCUAAUUCUGUCAUCUCUUCAGCCUGUGGGACUUCAUUGAUUGUGUGCCAUAGUGUUGGGGGCACCUUUCACUCUCCUCACCUCCCCCUCUUUCUACCCCCGUCCCCCUCACCUUUUCUCUCUCUCUAUCCCCCCCCCCCCCCCCCCCCCCCUCCCUCUCUCGCUCUCGCUCCAUUUGAUUUUUCUCGAUGGGAAAGAUUCAAAAACUCCAUUUUCUAAUGAUGAUUUUUUUGUUGUCGUUUAACAUCCAAACCACGCACGCCGACACACGCACCGCCCCCGUGCGGUGGUGUGGGGAGUGUUUACGCACCGUCAGCUGCGCAGCCAUCCUCUGUCUUCUUGAACUUUUUGAACUUUCACCCCCUCAUGAACUUUAUUGACCUUCUUCCUCCUCCUACCCCCCUUCUGUGUUCAUCCAACUGUUUGGACGAUAACUCUCCAUUCCAUCCCCAAAACCUCUCUGAGACUGUGCAAUGCUAGCUGAUAUGAUUGGAUUUUUUUGUUUGUUUGUUUGUUGCUCAUCAUUGGGGACAAUUCUCUGAGAUAUAAGUCAAAAAAGAACAAAAAAAAAAAAAACUUAUGAAAGGAAGAAAAAAAAAAAAAACAUCCAAAAAAAGAAAUGCAGACAAACAAAAAAAAAAAAGAAAAAACACUAAACAACUGUUUCUCCACAAUUUCAUUUUUUUUCUCUCUCAUUGUAAAUAUUUUUGUCAGAUUUUUGCUGAGCUGUAAAGAGAGAAGUGUUGAGCAGAAAGGGGCCGGCAGCAUAAAGAGGAACUAGUGGACGCGGUAGACGAUCAUGACACUUUUCAUCCUCUGUAUCCGAUAGUUAGGUCUGCCUGUAUAAUCGGCUAUGCUAGUUCUACUGUGUUAACCUGUGCUGUUGUUAUUAGUGUUGAUUUACCUACUGUAUUCGCUGUUUAGCUUCCAUGUUGGCUAGCAAACUCUUUAGAUAACUGUGCUCAUCGAAUAAUAAUACUAACCUUGGGAUGUAGUCCGAGCCAUUCUCAACGUAGGCUUGUUUUUGUACAUUUGUUGAUGUUUUCCUAACAGUGAGUUGUAGUGGCACUAGUAUCUUUUAUCAUCAAGCCAUAGUUAUUGAAAAUGCUUGGUUGUGUUAGAGACAUAUCAUCGUGGAAAACGGCUCGACUCGGCUCCUCCAGGUUGGAGAAAAACCCAGGGAGGUGGAGAGAAGAACAUUUGAAAAAAAAUAAAAAAUAAAAAAUAAAUGAAUAAGCUCCUCCCGGGCUACAAAACGAGGAAGCUGAGCUGCUAACUUUUGUGCAAUACAGUCCUAGUUUACAUAACAUAGAAUGAUAGUUUAGAGAUGAUUAACCUCUGCAGGUGCCACUCAACCAUCCUGCUGCCUGCAGAACCAAACGUGUGCAUAUCUCCAUACAUCGCCUCUAUAUCAGAGACAUUUUGAAAGUAUUAAAGUGACUGCGUGAGAUUAGACUCCACCAUUUCAUCGCAUUGCUCUGAGCUCCACUCUUGAUUUAUGCUGCCUGCCCCAUCGCCCUGAGAACACCACAUGAGCUAUUUAUUUCUCAGACUAUUAUUAUUAUUAUACUAUUAAUAAAUAACAACGCAACAAGAAAAAGGGAACGACUGGAAAAAGGUGAAUUAAUAUUAUUAUUGUUUUGUUUUUAUUUUUAGUAUUUUAGUGGUUGCUUUUAACAACAUUCAUUAACUGACUUAAAGAGUAUUGAAUAUUUAAUGUAAUUGUAGCAUUGUGUUUGUAAAGAGAAAAAAAAACCUAGUGAGUUGUGUUUCUUGACUUGUGGAUUACCAGUGAAGUGGGCAAUCUAGUGCUAAUAUAUAUGAGGUCUUUUUUUAAGGAUUCUUAUUUUGCGACAGCAACAGCAGUCAUUAUAAAUGUUCAUUUUAGCAUCACCUGUCUUCCGUUGUCUUAUUCUUCACCUUCCACCACACUCUGCAUCAUCACAGUAACACAUCGCAAGUCUGGGGGUGGGCAGGAGUGUGUGUUUGUGUGAGUCAAGGUGUGUGUACGGAAUGUGGGUUUGUGUGAAAUGUGUGUUUGUCAUGAAUAUGUGUGUGAGUGUAAGUUAACAAAUCUGUGUUUAUUUGUGUGUGUCUAUGCAAAAUACAGUGAAUGUGUAUAUGUGUGUGUGUGUGUGUUCCCUGCGUCCGUCUGCUCACUUGUGUAUGAAUGCAUGUCUAUUUCUGUGUGUGUGUUUGUGUUUGUGUGUGUGUGUGUGUGUGUGUGUGUGUGUGUGUGUGUGUGUGUGUAUGCUCGUUGGCUCUGUGAGGGCGGGGUUUGGGGUGGGUGUUCUGUCCAGUGUCCACCAAAAGCUAAAACCUGUCAGGCUUCCAUACCUCCUGAUGGAACCUCCUGACGUUAUAGCUGCAAACCCUCAUCAUGUGAUCUGACUCAACUCGACUGUCCAUAACCCCUUCAGUCACCUGACCAACCAAAUCAACCAAUCACUGUCCACCACUACCGCCUUCCCCUGCGCCAUCCUUUGCUGCACACCACGUCAGCCCCAUGUGAUGUUCUCCAUUGAUAACAUACUACUGUCACAAUCUACUGUUACAUGCUGACAGAUCUGGGGAUAAAUGCUCAUCUAGAAUGUUCAAACUUGAGGUGCGCUUGGUUUUGUUUUAUCUAUAUGUAGUGCUUUCCAUCUUCAAGAUUGUUAAGUUUUCACAAAAGAAACAAAGCGCUCCUUAAGUUGCUCUAAAAGAAAAAAAAAUACAAGUAUACCUCAAGUUGUUUGAUUUUAAAGGGUCAGUCCACCCAAGUGUUUGUUUAUCCAGGUUUUGCAAUAUCUCUCUUUCCAGAAAGCAGUGUGCCUGUUGCUCUGGGCGAACCGCAGACUCCACUGAGAACAGUUUUUAUUGGGACUAUUUUGCCUGUAGAAAGUAGUUCCAAUGAAAGCUUUAAAAUACUUUGUGCACCAAACGCAAAAUCCCAUUUUUGGGGAAUGUGGAUAGAAAUCAAAUCUGCAUUACUAGAUACCACAAGUUAAGUAAUAACAUAUUUUGCAAUUUGGAUGAACUGACCCUUUAAUCUGGUGCACUUGUUCUGUUAAUUUUCCUCAGCAUCAUUUGAAACCAUUUUAAAUUCAGGUAUUUUUCCCCAGAGCUGCGUAUUACAUUCUACUGUUCAUACUACUGUACGUGCUGCAUACUACCUUACCAGGUCAGAAUCCACCUUAACCUGUCUCCAUGCCAACCACUGAGGAGCCAGUUGCAUGGCAACCGGCUUCUGCCACAACAAACCAACCUACCAACCAACCAUCUUCCUCAAUCGCCGAGGCCACGCCCACCUGACUAUGAUCGUUCCAUAGAAGGAGAGAUAGAGGAAGAGCGAGGAUAGGAAGAAGGGAUGACAGAUGAAAGAGACGUAGUUGUGAUUCUCAGGGUGUCUUAUAUAGAUCUACUGUUCAGUCUGUUCUCCGGUCUCUCACUGGUGUCCUGUUGCCCCUAACUGAGCCCAAAGACGAUCAUGUCCUUCCAUGAUAAAUUCCUUGCUCAAUUGAUUGACUACUGACCAAUUCCUCUCGAUCAGUUGAUUGAUAGUAUUGAUUGACCAAUUCUCUUGAGAGACGCUACACAGCCAGCCAGGUGAAUGAAGCUAGGCACUGUAACUAAUGUUUACAACCCAAAUGAGACCAACAACGCUGUUGAAAGAAUGUCUAGGACUUAAAAAAAAAAAAGAAAAAAAAAAAAAAGAGAGACAAAUCUCUGAAGAGUACUUAUUUCUAAAUGAUGGAACUUUUCGCUUACUUUCUAUGUGACAUGAGGUAAUGUAAUUUUUUUCAAUCAUUGCAUGUGACUAUUUUGAUUUGCAAUGAAACUGUUAGAAUGGAUGGUACAUUUGUGACGUCAGUGCAACGUUGAGACGCCGAUGCUAGGAAUCAAUGUCGGUGUCUUAUAACAGUGUUUUCAUGUCCCCGUGAGGAGUGCUUAUGGACCAAUGAAUGCUAAAUGUGUGACCAUACAAAGCUGUAAAGGUUUUGUUUAUUUGUACAUGGUUAUGGGUAAAAUAAACCAUUGAAUCAAAUUAA